CCCGGCAGCCCUCAGAGCAAGAUGGCGCCGCGCGAAUCUGUACCCUGGCUUGUGUGAGAGAAGGCUUAAGUGACAGUGACCGCCGCCGUGUUCCAGCUCCGCGAUAAAACGAGAAGCCGAGCCCCGGCGGGUGCGAUGGCAACGGUGGUGGCCAAGCGUGAAGGGCCGCCGUUCAUCAGUGAGGCAGCCGUGCGGGGCAACGCCGCUGUCCUGGAUUACUGCCGGACCUCAGUGUCAGCGCUGUCGGGGGCCACCGCCGGCAUCCUUGGCCUCACCGGCCUCUACGGCUUCAUCUUCUACCUGCUUGCCUCCGUUCUGCUCUCCCUGCUCCUGAUUCUUAAGGCGGGAAGGAGGUGGAACAAAUAUUUUAAGUCACGAAGACCUCUCUUUACAGGAGGCCUCAUCGGCGGUCUCUUCACCUACGUCCUGUUCUGGACCUUCCUCUAUGGCAUGGUGCACGUCUACUGAAAUGGGGGCAGGGGUGACUUUUUUAAAAAAACAGAUUGGGAGGACUGUUGCCAGCAAUUAACACCGUGUAGACUUACUUAGUUUUUAAAUUGUCGAAUACGCUGCCUGUUCUGUAAUGUUAUAAAUAAUUUAUAUCUGAAGACGGAGAGCCUGUAUCUUCAGAUUAAAUGAAGCGUGAGACACUU